AUGCCUCCCUUAUCAAGUUCGAGAACGGCAUCCUGGGAGUCCGUGCCUGCCCUUGCUCAAGCGCCAGAGGCGAUAUCUGAUGACUCUGAGAAGGGUGUGGACGCGAUAUAUACCAGAAACGAUGAGAGCACAGGCGGAGGCAGUCAGUUGCCAUUCUUUUCUGGGAAGCCCGAAACCAGCGAUGAUGCACAGCUUCAGUCAGAAGCUGAGUUCAUAGUGUGGUGGGAUGAACCAGAAGAUCAAGACCCAAGCAAUCCGAUGAACUGGUCAUCGACAAGAAAAUGGAUCAAUAUCCUCACGAUCUCUGUAAUCAGCUUUUCGGUGCCUCUUGUAUCGUCCAUGCUCGCACCAGGCGUUGAACAACUUAUGCAAGAGUUCAGAACUGACUCUACACUAUUUGCGACAUUUGUGGUGUCAAUUUUCGUCCUUGGCUUUGCUUCUGGACCGCUGCUGCUUGCACCGCUGAGUGAGCUGUAUGGCCGCGUGCUCAUCUACAACAUCACAAAUAUGUUAUUCUUAGUGUUCACUAUUAUGUGUGCCCUUUCACAGAACCAGGGAAUGAUUCUGGCAUUUCGAUUCCUAUCGGGGUUUGUAGGUGUGGCCACCAUCACCAUAGGUUCAGGCACCAUUGCGGACCUUAUGCCACGAGAAAAGAGAGGCAAAGCCGUGUCACUCUGGUCUGUGGGCCCUAUUCUCGGCCCAAUGGUUGGUCCUAUCAUUGGCGGCUAUGUGACAGAGGCUUCUGGCUGGCGAUGGAUGUUUUGGACCAUUUCAAUUGUCAUCGGCGUAGUCACCAUUUUUGGUUUUGUCGUGCUGAGGGAAACGUAUCCCGUGGUAGUGCUGGAAAGAAAGGCAGCCACGCUCAGAAAGAAGACAGGGAACUCCAAAUACCGGUCCAAGCUGGCUUCGGAUCUUACACCACGGGAACUGUUCAAGCACAGCAUCGUACGGCCAUUGAAGAUGCUGGUUUGCUGCCCAAUCGUCACGAUCAUGUGCACUUACGUUGCCGUGCUCUACGGGAUACUUUACCUGCUCUUUGCGACAUACUCAUUUGUCUUCAGAGAAGUGUACGGGUUUUCGACAUCCGAGGCUGGCCUUGUUUUCAUUGCUGGCGGCGCCGGGACUCUAUUGGGGCUGUUUUACGUCGGGAGCUUUAGCGACAGGACCCUUAGGAAACGCGCCGCUGCAGGCAAGACCAUCACACCCGAGGACCGACUUCCUCUUGUUAUCACAAUACCAGGAGCUCUAACGUUCCCAAUCGGGCUAUUUGUCUACGGGUGGAGCGCACAAGUGCAGGCGCAUUGGAUCAUCCCGCAGAUUGGCACGGCCAUCACUGGUUUCGGGUCGAUCUUGAUAUUCAUCGGGAUUCAAACCUACCUCGUCGAUGCGUUCGUGCCUUACGCCGCGAGUGUAAUUGGUGCCAACGCAGUGCUCAGAGGUUCUGCUGGGGCAUUUCUGCCGCUUAGUGGUUUGAACAUGUAUAACACCCUUGGUUGGGGAUGGGGAAACAGCUUGCUCGGGUUUGUCGCACUUGGAUUUGCCCCGCUACCAUGGAUAUUUGGACUCUACGGUGCUAAGAUCCGCAAUCUUAAUCGUAGUCAAGUGAGGCUCUGA